CUCUCCCUUCGGCGGAAGCAGCAGCCUGGAUGGCGGGUCGGGGCGCCCUGCACAGAAGCGUGGUGGCCCCCGCGGGAAGACAUUCCGCCUCGGUCAUCUUUCUCCACGGUUCAGGUGAUACUGGCCAAGGAGUAAGAGCCUGGAUCAAUCAAGUUUUGAAUCAAGAUUUGUCGUUCCAGCAUAUAAAAGUCAUUUAUCCAACAGCUCCUAUCAGGCCAUACACACCUAUGAGAGGAUCCUUGUCCACUGUGUGGUUUGACAGAUAUAAGAUCUCGAACGAUUGCCCAGAACAUAUUGAAACCAUUGACUCGAUGUGUCAAGAGCUUACAAGUUUGAUUGAUGAUGAAGUUAAAAAUGGCAUCAGGAAGAACAGGAUACUCUUGGGUGGUUUUUCAAUGGGAGGAGGCAUGGCAAUGCAUUUAGCAUAUAGAUAUCACCAAGACGUGGCAGGUGUGUUUGCUCUUUCAAGUUUUCUCAACAAGAACUCUGCUGUCUACCAGGCAUUGAUGAAGAAUGAAAGGGAACUGCCAGAAUUAUUUCAGUGCCAUGGAACUGUUGAUGAACUAGUUUUGCAUUCCUGGGGUGAAGAGACCAACAGGAUGUUGAAAUCUCUGGGAAUACCAACAACAUUUGUUAGUAUUCCACACCUUUAUCAUGAACUGAACAAAAGUGAGCUAGAAAAACUGCAAGCUUGGAUUUUGAAGAAACUGCCAGAGAAGUCAAAUGAUGAAUGACAAAUAAAGGAAAGUACUGUGUGUUUGAUAUGCAUAACUACCAUUUCACACAGAUUUCAGUGUUCCAUUACUUUUAACUUUUAUAUUGCGGUUACUCCCUGUUAACAGAAAUACAUUUUAAAAACUAGCACGAGAUUUUUUUUAAAAAAAUUAUUGUAAUGAUAACACGAAUGUUUUGUUUAUAUGUAUCAUGUGAUAUUAAAUGGCAUAAAAUCU